AUGUGGGGAUUUGGAGGAAGAUAUUACUGGGGAAGAAAGGAAAGGGGAAAAAUAGAGGGAAUUGUUGUGGCGUUUGCGUGGAUGUCUAGUGCGGACCGACACUUAAAGAAUUAUGUUGAUCUCUUUGCCUCCCUUGGAUGGAAUUCGCUGAUUUGCCACUCCCAAUUUCUCAAUCUAUUCUUUCCCGAUAAAGCUGCGUCAUUGGCGCUACAAAUUGUCGACGAGGUUGUUCAAGAGCUAAAACUCAGGCCUUGCCCUGUAGUGUUUGCAUCUUUUUCUGGAGGUCCUAAAGCUUGCAUGUACAAGGUUGUUCAGGUACACGAUGACUGUCGGCUCAUAAGGAACUGUGUUUCGGGACACAUUUUCGAUUCGACGCCAGUUGACUUCGUCAGCGACUUGGGCACCCGUUUUGUUCUCCACCCAUCUGUUCUUAAGAUAUCACGCCCUCCACGGCUGGCAACUUGGAUUGCAAAGGGCAUAUCUUCCAGUUUAGAUGCACUCUUUCUGAGAAGAUUCGAAUCAGAACGUGCAGAGUAUUGGCAGACUCUCUACUCCACUGUAAGCAUGGGGGCUCCUUACCUUAUACUAUGUUCCGAAGAUGAUGAUCUUGCUCCCUUUCAAAUUAUCUUCAAUUUCGCCACAAGGCUUAAGGACCUUGGAGCUGAAGUCAAUCUUGUAAAAUGGAGUAGCUCGUCUCACGUAGGUAUGCUUUUAAUGUCUGUUUUAGUGGCCGUUAUUCUUCCUGCUGUGUCUGAGCUGCUCGGCAAAGCCGCUGAUAUUUACUCACACAAAAUACGACAGCUUGAAGGCGAGAAGGUGGGCCACGAGGGCCUGCACGACCAAAUUCCCAACCCAUUUGGCAGCCUGACAAAAGCAACUGCAGAAUCGAGUCAGGGCUUCCCGAGAAGUGAGGUGAACUCGGAAGGCCGUUUUUUCGUGCCCUUUUCGUUGGAGUACCACGAGGACCGAGUAGGGUCUGUGCAUGAUGAACAUGUUGAGCAACGCUACGUGCCUCUUACAGGCCCGGCCCAAAUCAACAUGCAUGGAAUUCUUGGCCAUUUCCUCUUUGAUGUUUGCAUCCCUAAGAAUGUCGAGGAUUGGGAUAUAAGAGCCUCGCCUAUGACCUUAAGACGAGGCCUGUUUGCUUCUGGAAGACGGAAUUCACAUUUUAAUCCUAUAAUAAAAUGCAUUCGUCGCUCGAGAUUAUGA